CGCUAAUACCUCAGUAGCUGAAUAACACCAUUUACACGGUACAAGUAAAUGUGCCCUUUAUAACCAGUUUGUGUAAAUUGAAUUAUAAAGCGAUUUGCUUGUUUUACAUAGAGAUUUAACUUCCGAAUGGAAAUGCAUUGGAAGUUGAAUGACGAAAGAUACAAGGAAUAACAAAUAUUACACUUGACUACAAAGUUAAGUACAAAUGAAGUAUGUGUACUAAUAGCUGCAUACAAACGUCGAGCUAAUUCGUCCAAGAGGUGCUUACAGACAAUAUCACAAUAUGAUGUCCACAGUAUCGGAAGAGUCUCCACGCCACAGAACAAGAGGAAUGUUUCCUACCAGUGGGCUAUCGGGGGAAUAUAGUCCAGCCGUGGAGUCUCACUUCCUUUCUGAUACACCCAGGACCAGGAGUAAGACUCAAGUCUCAGGCCCAACCAGAUCGAGUAGGAAAAAUAGCGAGAGUAUCGCCAGUUCAUUUGGUGUUAAGGACUUUGGAUUUGAAGCCAAGACAAGUUAUGAUGCAACUGAACACUUACUGAAAUCUAGGAGUGAUAAUUACUUCAAUAAGUCAGAAGAUCCAGUAGAUGAUAUUUGGAAGAGACAACCACCUGAUUUCAGGCCUCAGAUAUUUGGUCCUUAUCCACCUAAACGUAAUACUCAAGACUCUAUGCAACCAUGGAAGUACGGGACGUUUCCAGGGAAACAGUCAUCGUUGAAACAAGAUGAGAAUGAUAAAGUUGAACUACCACCAGUAUUACAAAUUAUACAGAAGCCCUCCAGGGAAAAAACAAGGUUUAUGACAAGAUUUCACAUCGAUGAUCCACACGAAGCUAGACAGAUCACAUUGCGAAAUGACCUCCUUCCUCCGGGAGACUAUGUUCCUCCACAACUCCAUGACUUUAGACAGUACCCUCCUUUGAAGAAACUAGGGCUCUCAGAAUUUAUAACUACAAGUGACCCUGACCCUUAUAACAUCAAGUUCAUUACUGAGCGUUUAAACCAAAUAAAAGGAUUACACGGUCGACCACCAACAGAGCGUGAUACAAAAGGUAGACAGAUGGCGCCACCUUUACACCAACCGCCAAAAUGGGAAGUAAAGAACCACCAUCCACGAGGUCCGUGGCCCACUGGGUCAGCGUCAUAUACCAGGCACAGGAGAGCUCGUAAUGCCAAGAGUGCCUUCAUGCAGCGAGUUACGGGAACAUUAGAGACUCAAUGGGCAAAAGAGAAACUGGAAAAAGAACUGACAAACCAUGCUAAAAGUGCUCACCCAUUGAGAUGAUACUAACCUAACAUAGUUCAAUUUGUUACAAACGCUAAAGUGGGUUAUGAAAUGUGACUCAAUGGGCAUGUUAUGCAGUAUACUAUGAUCGUCUUUUCAGAGAUUGCAUUAGAAACGUCAAGAACUACAUGUAUAAUGUUAAAAUGCUGAUCUAAUGAGACAUGGACAUGAUGGAGGACGUAUGGACAUGUAAGCAAAAAAUAGAACCAUGACAAAAGUUCUCAUUCAGUGAUUUCAUACUGAGAAAUUCACACAAUGCCUUGACUAAUAUUCAGCUUACUCAGUUAGUGAUUGAUGGCCAAAAUGUAUCAGCUUGAGUAAAUUUUAUACUACAGCUGUAUAAAAAACCAAGUUCAUGUUGAAUUUGGAACAAUUCUGUUAUGCAUCAUUUUGUAAAAUGACUGUAAUAGAAAAUAAGUGCCUAAGAUAUUUUCACAAACAUACAGUAUAUAAUCGUUUAUAGGACCACAAUAUGCUAUUGAUAAUAAUAAAAUUAUUAAUAAAAUUGUC